CGGUUCCUCGUCAUCCCCGCCCCCCAGCUCCGCGGAUCCCGGUACCCCCCCAACCCCCCAACCCCCGCAACUCGGCCCCGUUGGGCGCGGCGCGCAGGCGCAGGCGCGGAGGGCGGGCGCGGGCGGAAUGGGGACUGCAGCGGCGGCGGCGGCGGCGGCGGCGGCGGCCGGGGAGGGGGCGCGCAGCCCGAGCCCGGCCGCCGUGUCGCUCGGCCUGGGCGUGGCCGUCGUGUCGAGCCUGGUGAACGGGUCCACGUUCGUGCUGCAGAAAAAGGGCAUCGUGCGCGCCAAACGGCGAGGUACCUCUUAUUUAACAGACAUCGUAUGGUGGGCUGGCACAAUUGCAAUGGCUGUUGGCCAGAUUGGAAACUUCCUGGCUUACACGGCAGUCCCCACGGUUCUGGUGACUCCCUUGGGUGCCCUUGGAGUGCCAUUCGGGUCCAUUUUAGCUUCUUAUCUUCUGAAGGAAAAACUCAACAUCCUGGGCAAGUUGGGGUGUCUGCUAAGCUGUGCAGGUUCUGUCGUGCUGAUUAUCCACUCCCCAAAGUCUGAGAGUGUGACAACACAGGCUGAGCUGGAGGAGAAGCUGACGAAUCCAGUAUUUGUGGGCUACCUGUGCAUCGUGCUGCUCAUGUUGCUGCUGCUCAUCUUUUGGAUUGCACCAGCCCACGGGCCCACCAACAUCAUGGUCUACAUCAGCAUCUGCUCCUUGCUGGGGAGUUUCACCGUGCCUUCCACCAAGGGCAUUGGGCUGGCAGCCCAAGACAUCUUGCACAACAACCCGUCUAGUCAGAGAGCCCUGUGCUUGUGCCUGGUGCUCCUGGCUGUGCUGGGCUGCAGCAUCAUCGUCCAGUUCAGGUACAUCAACAAGGCUCUGGAGUGCUUCGACUCCUCCGUGUUCGGGGCCAUCUACUAUGUGGUGUUCACCACACUUGUCCUGCUGGCUUCAGCCAUCCUUUUCCGGGAGUGGAGCAACGUAGGUCUGGUGGACUUCUUGGGUAUGGCCUGUGGAUUCACGACCGUCUCCGUUGGGAUUGUCCUUAUACAGGUGUUCAAAGAAUUCAAUUUCAACCUUGGGGAAAUGAACAAAUCCAAUAUGAAAACAGACUAGGAUGCAACCAGGGGUUGGGGGCUUGAGGAACAGGCCUCAGAAGUGGUCUCUGGUACUGACUAGAUGUGAAGUAGAAGAGACCCUCAAUCCCUGGUGUGAGAAUUUCCUGUGUACUAAUGGGUGGUCUAGUGGACAGUUGGGGGGAGCCUGGCUCGGCACCAGAGCAAGGGCCCAGCCCUCUGUAGCCUGAAGCUCCCAGUGGUUGUCUGGGCAUCAUCUCUCUCUGAUGAGACAAAUCUCAUUUUCAUUUCCAUUAACCUGGAAGCUUUCAUGACUACUCUUUCCUUUUAAAACAUUUUAACAUGAUUUAAUGAGUAAAUAAAGAUGGGUUCUUUCAGGUUAGUCUUUGCAGGAGAGCAGAUGUUCUUAAUUAGAAGAUUACUUUGGAAAUGAGAAAAAUUCUUGUCUUGAAAUCUGGCUUUGUACAGUAAAUGUGACUAUUGUUGUGUUAGUUUGCACUGAGCAUGUAUAACAUUCAGGUACCUCAUUCACGUAAGAGGUAUAUACAUUGAAUUGUUUUUAAUUCUCUAACAAAUUGGCUCUCUUCCAUACCCACUCAAGACAUUGUAGUAGCAAAUAGAGAGAGAAGAGUUUAUGAAUGUGAUGCAGUGUUCCCUUGGCAGGAUGACUUUUCAAUAGCUCAAAUCAAUUUCAGUGCCUUUAUCACUUGAAUUAUUCACUUAAUUUGACUAUUACUGUAUGUAUGUUCUCUUAGAUUAGAAUAAUGCCACUUCCUUGGUUAUACGUAACAUUUCAAUAUUCAAAUUAUAAAUAAUUGUAAAGCAAUUAGAAAUAAUUGUGUAUUUAUUGGAGGAGAGUCAAAACUAAAGGCACAUUAGAGCAGAUUGACCCAUUUAGCAUGUAUUGUCCAAUUAAAGACAACUGAUUAAGUAGCAUGAGGUAUUUUAUUUGCAUUCAACCUAUGUAAUUGGCAUCCAGUAUCAAAUAUAUACACAUUCUCUUUCAGCAAGCAUUUGUGGCCAUCCAGAAUAAAUAAAUUAUUUAACUUGAUAAUAAGGCUAUUAAAGGAGAAAAACAACUGUUUAAUAGCACAUAUAUUGAGUAUGCUUUUUAAUACAGAACCAAGUUAAAGGAUACAAGCUUAGAAUGGUUUCUACAAGUUGGAACACACAGUUUCAAAGGUGUUUCUAACAAACAUGAAAACAGUUUAACCCUCUUGUUUGAGAUGUAGAACAUUCUUGAGUUCCUCAACCAACUUGUCAUUAAACUUCAUGAGUGUGCACAAGCCAGGCUCUGUGUUUGAUCCCCACUGCCAGAAACAAAAGAAAAAAUUCCUAAAUGUAAAAUGGCAAUUAAUUGUGGCAAUAUUUGGAUACAAGAAAUCAUUCUUCUGUCCAUAACAAGCUUCCAUAUGUAUUAAACUGGAGCAGAACACAAAGUAAUGCAAAAAUUUCAUCACAAUAUUGUGUGAUUCAUAUGCAGUGUUUUAUCUAUUAUGAAUAGGGAACUAUGCUAAGUUGAAAGGUGGGAUUGGGUAAAGUAGAUUAGGCGAACUAGAACAUGAAAUUUAAUAAUCCAACUAAGUUACUAAGAAAAAAAUGUCUUUUUCCAAGCAAAAAGAACAUUUCUGAAGUAAAAACCCAAGAAAUAGCUCCCUAAAGUUUUGAACAGAGACUAAAUAAAAUGAGACUAGUUUAACACAAAGCAAAAAUAUACCUUUAUGAAUUAAAAGUACAUGUAAUGAUCCUGGUUUGUCAGUGAUUUGUGAAGAGCAGCAACAAAAUCAUUUCAAAAUUAAAAAAACUCAUAUUAAACUGGUAGUUAAUAAAUGAUCUGAAAGUUCAUUUCUCUUUUAUCAACUCUUUAAGGUAAUUUUUUUUAACAUUGGUAUUUUUAGGAAAUUGGCCUUCUUUUAUUGAACUAAACAUUGCAGUAGGAUCACUAUACAUUUUGGCACAAUAGUAGUUUUCUAGUUAAGGAGAUGUUUGAGAAAGAAUACACGUGACUAAGCAAGAAUAUGAGAAAGUUCAUUAUGUAGAAAUUAUGUUUAUUUUACUACAGCUUACACAGGAAGCUUAGUUAAAUACCUCUGAGGGUGUACCUUUUUAUAUUUUAAUCCACAAUUAUCCCACGAAUAUUCAGAGGUGUUAAUUUCUGGAUGAUAUUCCCUAUGAUUUUUUUAGAAAAACAAAAUCUUACAGUAUGUAAUAGCUCUUCUAAAAGUACUGGUCCUGGAACAGAAUCUCCCAGAUUUACAUAUAUUCAGCAGAUUGGUUUAUUAGGACACACAGUUUUGGUUCCAGUGGAACAAAGUUCAUGUCAUUCAUUGUUUUUCAAGUAUGUAAUAGUAGCCUCUGAGUAAUUGACAUGACUAGGGUUUGAUGAUCUAAAUUUAACAUAAAGCACAUAAAUUAAAAUUUAUACUACCAUUUCACAAUUUUUUUUCAUAAGUAAUUCAGAAAUACAAAGAAAAAAAAAGACCCCAAAUUGAGAGUUUUAGGAGAGAUCCUAAUAUGGGGAUGGAUCUCUUAUAGAUCUUUCCCAAAAUGAUGCCUGUGAAAUUUUUCAUUGUGAUGUUAUUCUUUGAUUUAUCUCUGAUAAAACCAAGAAAAAUACCUACUGUAUAUUUGUUUUCAAGUCUUUUCUAAAAUCAAAGGUUUUGAUUACAAUUUUCAGAAUUACUUGAUAGAUACUUAAAUAGGCUAUUCCUCUCCUCUCCUACUUGGACAAUGCCUUGUUUUCUCACAUGAAUCUUUAAAGAAUUCCUUCCUGUUCUGCUUACUGACCAAGUGUAGAACACAAUUUAGGAUUCUCACAUAAACCUAGCCCCAGGAUACCACUCUGAGCAUUUUGCGAUCCGCAUAACCUCUGCACUCUAUGAGGUUCUGGAGAGGGAGGGCAGCAUUGCCCAUGCUGGGACCUUUGGGGAGGAAUCUGGUUUUCUGGUGGCCUUGCUCAUCACUCAGGCUGUCAUUACAGUCUUUUCAUAUUAGAAUGUUUGUAUAAUACACUUUGCUGUUCUUUGUUCAGCAAUAAGAAAUAUUCCUACUUCUUAAGUCAAUUUGUUACACUCAGUUUUAUUUCCAGAAGUUCAUCCCAGCAGUAAUAUGUUGAUCUUUGUUUUUCUUUGGGUUUCAUGUCUCUUUUCUGAUAGAACACUCUUCAAAUGUGUAGUUACUGCUCCUCUUCUUCCUAGAUAUCUCGGCUCCUGGUAAAUACUAUGCUCAACUUUUAGAGGCCAGUUUCUAGACUUCUGUAAAGCACUCAGAUACAGUGUCUCCCAGGUGUGGAUGAACACUCAGUCAACAGAAACAGUAUUGAUGAGUCAGGCCACUACCCUGCUGCGUAAUUCCUUUUUUUUUUUUUUUUUUUUAAACAGUGCUGGGUAAUGAACCCAGGGUCUAGCACAUAGCAGGCGAUUGCUCUACUACUGGGCUUCAUCUCCAGCCCCUGCUGCAUAAUUCUUGGAGGAGAUAAUACCUCUCUUUUCCAAGCUGCUCCACUAAUCCAUAAGAGCAGAGAGGAUGCUCCAGUGGCUCACAGAACCAUGUUCAUAGCUCUUUUCUGAUGCCUACUGGAUCCAGUUUAGGGUUCCCAGUAAGUCAUUAGAAAGAGAACACUUCAUGACUGUGUGGAUUAGCUUCUGUGGUCUGAAGGAGUUGUCUUUCUCAGUGUGUCUGACACCAAGGACAUUGUUCACUCAUCAAGCAGGACUGGACGGAAUGUUGGUGUUCCGUCUUCUCAGGGACCAAAAAUGUAUCAUCACCUCCUUAGUGUUGACCUUCCUACCAAUGACACCUCUGUUCAUUUUCCAUAUGUUUUACUCAUAUUCAUAGCUAGAUUCUGUUAACUUGAGUUAGCAAAAGACCAGUUUGCAUACCAGUCAUGCCACAAGCCAAUUUAUCAUAUAAAAUACCUCAAUUUUUUGUAUUCCUCAUUUCCACUUCACAGUUGUUACUGGUGAUGAAAUUUAAGGUCUGUCCUUUAGCUCAUAGGUGAUUUUUCACAUCUGGCCAGAUUCUUAUACCUCCAUGUAUACUUGAAAAGAUUAAGAAUUAUAGGAACUGGAAUGAGAAUUUGGCCCAAUACCACUGCUCAUUUUUUUCAUACAUGUUUCUCAUAUGCUAUCAAGUGCAACAAAACAGUUUUAUUUUAAGAGAAUGUAACUUCUGUUACAUCAAAAUAGUUGUCUAGUUUAAAAAGUUGAUAUUCAGUAGAACAAUGAUAAUGUAAAUAAACAUCUAUUUGAAAUGUACCCAAAGCAAUUAAAAAGCAGAGUCUAAGGCCCAGAGAGCCAGGGAGAAGGAUUUUUCUUCUUUUCUCUAAUUUUCCCUGAAUUGUACAAAUAUAGGUGAGUUGCUUAACCUUUCUGUGCCUCAGUUUUUCUACCUCUAAAGGGGUGGGAUGGUUCUCCAAGUUGAUUAUUUCUAAAAUGCUAGCACUUUUAGCAGUGUUUUGAUGGUCUAAGAUGAGAGCACCAUGCUCAAAAUUGCUCUGGAAGUGACGUGAUAGAACUCAGCUUACACUGACCAUGGAGUCUGCUCAGGAUGGUGCUAUAGAGCAUGUAGCUCCAAGCACCAAGCAAGUGAAGGAAACACUGGGUGUAAAGUUUGCAUGAUUCUGUGAAGCUUUACUUUUCCUUUUUUUUUUUCUUUAAAGGAAGGAUUUUAUAUAUUCUAUUGUAAAAUAUGGAAAUUAAACAAGGACUUUUAAAACUGCACUGCAAGCUCACAUUCUGAUAGUGUGAUGAGCUCCUCUGAUGUUUGGCUUAGGUCUGUGUUCUCCAGAAGGUUUAAUGAUUUGUGUGACCAAUCAGUUCUGUUCGAUUAAAUUUGUAAGGAAUAAUGCUAAACUUUCUGCUUCCAAGCAACUCAACCCUGAUGAUCAAUUAUCUGACACCAGGUGAAUGUCAGGAGCUCCCCAGCCACUAGUGCCAAAGGGUCACAUUGAAAACUUCAGAGUGUUUCUUUUGUCAGAAUAUAUUAAUUUGCCCCUCCACCUUGUCAGUAUUUUUGCACUUUACAAAAGUUUAAGAGUGUUGAUUUUCAGUAGCAUUCCUGAGUGUUUUUGCCUUUUUAAAGGAUAACUAUUAUUUCCUCAUGAAGUGGAAUAUAAUCAUGAAGGGAGGAAGAAGUCUAGAUUUUAAACAUGUCAAAUGUUGAUUGGUUGCAUUAAAGUUUUUCCAUGUAAAUGUAUCGGGGGAGCUUCCAAUUAGCAUACAUGCACACAUUUAUCAAUGACUAAAACUUGCUUAUACUUUGCUUUAUAGAAGUAGUCAUAGCAUGUUUAUUGCCUUAUGUAAAUAAAAAGGCUAUUUAUUAAGUUUUCCAAUAAUAUUUAUUAAUCUGUAUGUGUUUUAAAAUAAAAUAACUUCUUUCUAGUGGAA